UACUGCCGUUAGACAACCUUGAGUUAUUUGUUUUUAUAAAACAUUGAUUCUUAAUUAGUCCUUGUAGUUCCAAUGGGAUUUUAAUCAAUAAACUUAUCAAUGCACUUACAUCAAGAAAAUUGCACGAUUUAAACUCUAUUUAAAAAUAAAUAUGUAUAUUCCCUUCUCGUUGCAUCUAUGAAAAAAAACAAAAACAAGUUAAGCCCACUACUUGUGAUAAAAAUGUCAUUUACUUCAGUCCGAUAUGGAGAUAAUUGCAGCCUUUUGUUCAACCUGGACUGUAAUAUACCAUCACUUUUAUAUUGGGUGAAAAAAAAGACAAAUUACGAUGCAGACGUUGUCAUUGAUUUCGUUGAUGGAGAUGGCGAUUUACAAAAGUUAUCUUCAUAUGAUAAAAAUGCACGUGCUACAGCUGUUUUGAAAGAGAAACACGUUUAUACACUUGUAAAAGUUGAAGAACAUUCUGAAGAAAUUGUUGUUAAGCCGUUGUUGCAAGAUUUUGAAAUUCAUAAUCCGGAAAUAAUGGCAAAGCUUCGUUCAAAUUUCAAGCCAAGAACAUCAGAAGAUCGUGGAAUUCUUGUUAAAAAGGACUCAAUCCGUAAAGCAACAUCAAACGUGGAAAGAUCUUCACAUGAGAAAUCAAAGAAAACAUAUACUCGACGAAAAAUAUCUCACGUGGUUUAAAUAUUGUGAUAAGAGCAAUAGAGAAAAGAUGAAAAACGCAAUUGUGGAUGUCUGAGAUAUAAGAUUACUUUUAAAGUGUGGAAUAUUAUAAUGAAAAAACAACAACAAAAAGUGUUUUCCACGACUCGCACACACACACAGGGAAAGAAAAGCGGUAUUAAUAUAAGAGACAAAAUAUAUUUAACCUUUACCUUUCCCACUUUGAUAGUGAAGAGUACAGGUUGAGAGGUUCACAUAUCGUCUUAAAUUUACUUGCAAGUUUGACUCAAUGGUCUUGUCCACUCAAGCUGAUAGAAUCAUUAUAUUAUAGACAGGCAUAGAAAAUUGGUGAAGAAAAGCAUAAAUACGGACAGAAACGUUUCAUCGCGAAAAGUUUCCGCUGUUAAUAAAUUCCGACACAGUGAUGCAUAUAGUUACCUAUGUAUAACAGCUACCUAUCUGAAAUGCUUUUCCGGCCAAUAUUUUAGUUUUAAUUUCGUGUUAGUGAUAUAAACGGCUCAUAUCUCUCGGCGUUUGAGCAAAAUACAAGUAUGGCAAGCUUCGAAUGAUUAAAUAUAUAUCGUGCAUCUGUUUAAAAUAAAAAAUACCUGGGGAGAAUCAAAUAGAU